GCCGUCUUAGCCAACUCAAGGAGUCGGCAGACCGGCAGAAGGCGGCGGAUGAGGAGGCCCUCGAGAGCAGCAAAAAGCGCGAAGCCGGACUCGCCUCCGAUGUGGAACGCCUGCAGCAGGAAGUUGCGGAAGCUGCCCAAAACCUGGAAGAGACCAAAGCCAAG